UCCCAGCUUUCUGAAAAGAUUUACUGAUGAGGAAACCAGUGACUGCACAUCGGAUCACAAGGAGACUUAUUUGUGCAACAUUCUGGAUAUCCGAGAAGAUGCCAGGUAGAUUCCAACGAUACAAUAAAUUUUGAGGGACAGCGCAAGGGGGCGCAUCCAGCCUCGCAGCCUCCCAGGGCCCAACCCACAGCCAGCGAGCUCCGAUGCCCAGAGAGGCAGGAAACGGGGCCAGCCAGGGGGACUCGAGAGCGGCUGCACUUUCCUGUCCCCCGCCGAGGAGAGCGGAGGAGCAGCGGCCCGUGGCCUGGCGAGUUUCCCCGGAGAGGAGCCGGAUUCCGCUGCAGGGACGGAGCGAGGAGUCCGAGCAGGGCAGCGUACAAAUGGAAGAGCAGAGGCCAAGGAGACCCAUUCAAAGGGCGAGACUGGAAUCCAAAGGGAAAAAAUCUGCUGCAGACCAACCUGGGACCAUCAGGGAUCUUCUGCCUCGGGCAGAUUUACAUCAAAUUAAGCAGGAGUCAGAGGAGGAGGAGCCGCAGCAGCACUGGGAUGCCCAGUGGCAGGAUUUCCUGAAGACGAUGCACCCCCCUCGUUCACGGUGGGAAACCCCACAGGCUCCCAGUCCUCCCCUCUCUGGGCAUGGUGUCCUUCCGGCCUCCUUCAGGGGAGCUGCGGGUGCCAGUCGGUGGCCCAAUGGGAGAGCAGGGGGGACAGACCAGACCCUGCCAGACCUGAGUGGGGAGGCACACGAGGAAGGAGGGGAGCAGAUUUCCUCUGUGAAAGUGAAGGAGGAGAUCCUGGACGAGGAGGAGGAAGACGGCAAGAUGAGGUCGGAGAUGGAGCGGCAGAGCUUCCGGCGGUUCUGCUACCAGGAGGCCGAGGGGCCCCGAGAGGCCUGGCUUCGGCUCCAGGAACUUUGCUCCCGGUGGCUGAAGCCAGAGAGGCGCACCAAGGAAGAGAUGGUGGAGCUGCUGGUCCUGGAGCAGUUCCUGACCAUCCUGCCUGCGGAAAUGCAGAUCUGGGUUAAGGGAUGCAGGCCAGAGACCUGCGCCCAGGCGGUGGCCCUCGCUGAGGACUUCCUGCUGCAGCUGCAAGACACCGAGGGGCUUCCGGGAAAGGUGUCUUGGCCUGCAGAAGAUCUUGCUAAUUCCCCAAAGUCUGAACAAGAUCUGUUAGACACAGCAAACAUUCAUCUCUCUGCAGAGGCUGAGGAGGAGAGCGAAGAGGAGGCCAGCUUUCUGGGCAGCGACCACGCGUAUGAGAAUGGGGGCGAGUCCUUCCCCUUCGAAAGGCACCCACAAGUGGGAAUCAGUGGAGUGUCCUUGGCAAGAAUCAACGGGAAAUUUUUCCAGGUUUGUGGGUUGGGAGAGAUGCCAGGCGAUCAACAGAGUCAAGAAAGCCACCGGGAGAACUCAGCAGGGGUCCAAGCUUUUCUUUGUGAUGAGAGCAACAGAGGAAGCACCUUCCCCGAGGGAAGCCAGAAGGCGAAGAGGAAAAGGACAGGCCCUGACUGGGGCAGCGUUUUGCGCCGGAGCUUUGAUUUCCCUCGGAAUCAGAAGAUGCAGAAGCUAUACACGUGCACCUACUGCGGGAAGAUCUCCAACAACAGUGCGCACAUGAUUAUCCACGAGAGGACCCACACUGGGGAAAAGCCGUACAAGUGCUCAGAGUGCGGCAAGUGCUUCAGCACCAACUGCAACCUUAUGAAGCACACGAGGGUCCACACGGGCGAGAAGCCGUACAAAUGCUCGGACUGCGGGCGGAGCUUCAGCGACAAGGCCUCCCUUAUCGUACACGAGAGAACCCACACGGGAGAGAAGCCUUACGAGUGUCCGAUGUGUGGGAAAAGCUUCACCUCCAGCUCCAACCUCAUCACACACAAAAGGGUGCACACGGGGGAGAAGCCGUAUAAGUGCUCCGAGUGCGGCCAGAGCUUUGUCCACAGGCCCCAGCUCGUCAUCCACAUCCGGACACACACGGGAGAGAAGCCGUACGAGUGCCUGGAGUGCGGCAAGAGCUUCAAUCAGAAAGCAGACCUCAUUAUACACGGGCGAACCCACACCGGGGAGAAGCCGUACGAGUGCGCGGAGUGCGGGAAAAGCUUCAUCUCAAGCUCUUACCUCCGGAAACACGAAAGGCUUCACACGGGGAAGAAAACCCAAGCCGGGGAAGAAACCCACAAGUGCAGCUACUGCAGGAAGAGCUUUAUCAGCCGGUCCAAGCUUCUCAUCCACGAGAGAACGCACACAGGAGAGAAACCCUUUGAGUGCACCGAGUGUGGGAAAAGCUUCAGCACGAGCUCCAACCUUGUCAAUCACAAGAGGGUGCACACGGGAGAGAAGCCCUAUCAGUGCACGGAUUGUGGGCAGAAGUUCAGCACGAACUCCAACCUUGUCAACCACAGGAGGGUUCACACAGGCGAGAAGCCCUACGAGUGCUCGGAUUGCGGGCAGAGCUUUGGCCACAAAGCAUCCCUUAGACGACACAAGAGAAUCCACUCGAGAUUGAAAAACAAAUCCCUCCCCCUUUUGGAUUUCUUAUCCUUGGAGCCAUUAGGGGGCUGCUGCCAAGGGCGAGCAAGGCAAAGCCGGCCUGAAGCAGGAAUAAAAAUGGAGGAGCAAGACCUGAAAAUGGAGGAGCAAGACCCGCAGGGCUGGGAAUCUCAGCGGCAGAAGGUUUUGCCACUGCAGAUGCAGCCCCCAUUUUCAGGGUGGAAAAGCUUGCAGGUGCCUCAACAGGUGUCCAUGGGAGUUCAUAAGGAUACCCAGGUCUCUUUCAGCAGGUGGCCUAGUAGAAGGGAAGAUUCUCCUGUGGAAGUGAAGGAAGAGAUUCUGGAUGCGGAUGCCGCCAGCUUGGAGAUGCGGCGCCAAAGCUUCAGGCAGUUCUGCUACCUGGAGACUGACGGCCCUCGAGACGUGUGCAAUCAUCUCCAGGAACUCUGCUAUCGGUGGCUGAAGCCAGACAGACACACCAAGGAGCAGAUCGUGGACCUGGUGGUUCUGGAGCAGUUCCUGACCAUCCUGCCCCAGGAGAUGCAGAGCUGGGUCUGGGAACGUGGUCCGGGGAACUGCAGGGAGGCUGUGGCUCAGGUGGAGGAUUUCUUGAUGCAGAUCCACUGGGAGGCCAUGAGAACAGAACAAGAGGUCCCCGGCCUUUCAGAAGAAGGGCCUGUUAACUUGCCUAUGUUGGAGCAGAAUUCAUCAACCACCAUGGAAAUCCAUCUCUUGCUGGAAGCCAAGCAAGAGGGCGAUGAUGGGGAGACCAAGCUGGUGGCAGGUGAUAUGCAAGUGAGGAUGAAGGAGGAGGAUUCUGAGCUGGAAAGACUUGACUGCAUGAACGUUGACACAACAUCCUUGAAAAGUGCUGAAAGCCUAUCCCUCCAGGCCACUGAGGAGGAAGUGAGGGAUAUAGGUCAGCAAAGACCCAUACAUCACCAGGAAGUCCAUCUGGGAACAGCAGCAGAAAACACUGUUCAUCCCAAGGAAUGUGAUGAAAGGCCCUUCCAAGGGAGGGUUCAUGGGUGUAAGAGAGAAAAGAUGGCCUCUGACACUGGGAAAAGCCUCUCCCAGAACUUGGUCCUUCUCAAUCGUCAGAGGAUGCAGAAGGGAGAAAAGGCCUUCAAAUGCUCAUACUGUGGGAAAAUCUCAAACGGAAGGACGAACCUGAUGAUACACGAGAGGACCCACACGGGGGAGAGGCCCUACGAGUGCUCAGAGUGCGGGAAGAGCUUCAGCACCACCUCAAACCUCAUAAACCACAAGAGGGUUCACACGGGGGAGAAACCAUACACGUGCUUGGCUUGUGGACAAAGCUUCAGCCAUAAUGCGUCCCUGAUAAGACACAGGAGGACCCAUACGGGGGAGAAGCCGUACGAGUGCUCAGACUGUGGGAAAAGCUUCAUUCAGAAAGGAGAACUGAUUGCGCACAAGAGGACCCACACUGGAGAGAAACCGUACGAGUGUGCCGAGUGCGGAAGAAGCUUCAGCACCAGCUCUCACCUGAUAAGGCAUAAGAGAGUCCACAUGGGUGUGAAGCGAUGGAACUGCGUAGACUGCGGCAAAGGCUUCCAUCAGAAACUCAGCCUUAUGAAGCACAAGGGGACCUACACUGAGGAGAAGUAAUAAAAGUACAGAGCAAGGAUGAGGGAACCUGUGGUUCUCCAGAUGUUUGGAACUCCCACUCCCACCAGUCUAAGCUAGCAUGACCCAAUGUUUGGGAAUGAUGGGAGUUGUAGUCCAGCAAUAUCUGGCGAGUCACAGCUUGUCCAAGAAUAUGGGUAGAGGGCUUCAGGUAGAAAGCCAUAUUGUCUUGUUUCCACGAUGGAGGUGGACAGAGAGAGGCUGUGAUCAGCAGCUCAGGAAUAGCUUGGUCCUUACAGUUUCUAAAAACAUACAAAUAAUGUGUGCAAACAUAACUUUCCCAAUCUAACCAUGGUUGGAGAUCAAUAUCAUGCCACAGAUUCGCUCCCCAUCUCCUCUAUAGUACACCCUGCUUCUUUCCCUCAGUGGACUUAACCAUAGCUCAGGAUUGUGUCUACCUGUAGCUCGUGUUAAUCAGGAUUUGCACACCUGCUGCAGUGGCAGCAAGAUGCGUACACGUACAGUCAAUUAAAAGUUGGUUUUAUUCCAGAAAAAGCAUGCCACUUGUCUGGAGCUCUCUGCCCCCGUGACUUAUGGCUACCCUGAUGAUGACUCAACUAAAUCCUCAGCGUUGUUCUUCUUCCUCCGCAAACAAUGCACAAAAACAAAGCUCUUCCGUUGCUUCAAUAUCCCCUUUUCUUGUACCCCUCCUCUUCUGCGUUCUUGCACGCUGACAGGUUUGCAAACUGGUUCGGACAAGCUAUCGUCUGCUAAGUCCUGUGUUUCUCUGGGCUGUGAACUCCCCCCUGCCCUUUCCUCUGAUCUUCCCAUGACAAACCUCCCUUCGUCUCCUGGGCUGCCGUCCAAGUCUGGCAGCUGCUGCUGUUCGCUUGCUGGCUCCAGCCUGACACCUGCUUAAGAUUCUGGUUGCAGUCUUGUCUGAAGAUAACCAUGGUUAGAAUUAGCGCUGUUGUCAAUGUAACACUACACCAUGGUUAGCUCUAAAAAAAGAGGAGGAGGGGACAAGAAUUCUGGCGAAGGGGAAGAAGAUUCGGGUGAAUGGAGAGUCUGUGAGCACAUAUUUUGCAUCCCAAACCAUGGGAGAACGUUGCCGCUGGCACGGGCUGCUCUCUAUACACACCCUCCUGGACAGACCUCAAAUAUUUAUAUUAUUUAUUUGCAAUAUUAACUGCCAAUAUAAAAAAAUAUGCCGUGAUGGCGAACCAUGUAAAAUCAAGAAUAAAUUUGCCUUCGGAAAUCCAAGUGCAAAUGAUAAAUCACUACAUCAGAUCAAAAGAGAUAGGUCAGCCAUCAAGACCAGUUUAUUGGCUCUCAUCCAGCUGUGCCUUGGCACCAAUCCAGUUGUUGCACAGCCACACCUGAUUCACAUGUUAUGAAGCAGAAUUGGGUGCCAUCAGGACGCUCCAAAUCCUGUCUUAGUUGCUCCCAACUGCUUUGUAUAAAUCAGGGGUAGGGUACCUCUCUCACCCUCGGAAUCCCACCGCCAGGAUGCACCCCUGCUUUGCUCCCCACUUGUUUUCUUGCCCAACUGGAAUGUCUUCUUGAACUCAUGAUGUCUCUUGCGUCUCUGGAAAGCUGCAAAGGUAAAGUUUACAUUAGUUGCUCCUCCCACUUUUGCCACUUGGACACUCCCGCUGUUGGCAUGUGACCCGUGGAAGGUUGCUCAGAGGGGAAUGCAGUUCUUCAGAUCAAAAACGGUUCCCCAUCUCUGCUAUAGAUGUCUAAUAGCAUUGGGAUAAGUGCCCUGUGGAACCCAGAUUCCAAGGGGCUGAAGAGCAGCUCCCCUGAAGCUGCUGCUUACAACCAACCCUGGAGGUAACUGCUGUGAAACUGUGAGCGCAUUCAGUACAUGCCCCACAGGGCCGACCCCAGAGGAUCCCCUGGCCAAUGGCAUCAAAAGGAUAUUGAGAUCAGGCCCUGUUGGGCAGCAGGAGGGGCAAAACUCUGGGUGUGCAGAAAGUCUGAGAAACGGAGGCUAAGAGCAGUGGAAAGAGCCAGGAGGGCUGGGAGAAAGCAACUGAGCAUUUAUUUCUAAAGACAGCUCUUCUGCGCAAGAGAUGCUUUUUGAAAUAAAAAUACUGCAACCAGCUAGUAGCAGGGCCCAGUUCACCCGUGAGGCAGUUGCCUCAGAGGGCAGAUUGGGGGACAGUAAGGGAGGGGCCGCAGGUCCAAGCCCCAGGGACGCUGCUUUCCUCACUGCCUCCUGUUGCCUGCCUCCUCCCCUGCUGCUCUCUAGCCUCCUUUUUUCACCCCCUCGGGCAGCAGCUUCAGUGGGUGAUAACUUCAGCAGCAGUAGCAGGUGAUCACCAUUUUCUGUUUUGCUUCAAGAGGCAGUGGACUCUGCAACACAAAAAGUGGUGGACUCUCCUUCUGGGAUCAAAUCAGAAAUCUCUCUCAUUCUGGGAUCAAAUCAGAAACCAGGACGGCGUCUCUAAAUCAGGGACAUCCCUGGAAAAUAGUGACACCUGGAGGGUCUGUCUUUCCCUGCUUUUUCAUUCGCUGCCUCUGGUCUCCUGCAUCCAUUUAGCAGAGGAGGGGAGUGGUUUUGGCCUUCAUACUUCUCCAGCCCCCACCCCACCUCACCCCCAAUAUAACCAAAAGCACAAUAUAACCAAAAACACACACACCAUUUGGGAGUGAGGACCAAAAAAAUAAAAUUGUUUUACUAUUUUAUUACUUAUUUUCACAGUUCAAUCUAUCUAUAAAUUUUAUUGUUUAUAGCCAAUGGCCACCACAAUACAAUAUGAGCACAAAUCACACAGCUGCAAAACAAAAGACAUUGCAUGCACCAGGCCAGGAUACAUCUAUAGCGUCCAAAAUUUAUUUUCAAGGUUGUUUCAAUGGGAAGGAUAUAGGGCAGCAGAGUCCAGGUGGUGAGGUCCAGAUUACAGCUUCCAUCAUCCUUGACUGUCAUCCCUGCUGGCUGAAGCUGAUGGGAACUGGACAACAUCAUCUGGGGACACCUCAAUGGCUAUUCUGUGAUAUACAGAAUCUACAAUACUCUCCUGGUAUGUCCCACGGAGGACCUUAAGGUCCAUAAAUAGCAACACCCUAGAGGUCCCGGGUCCUAAGGAAGUUAGAUUAGCCUC